AUGGCGGUGAUAUCUAGAUUUCCAACAUGCGAAUUCAAUUAUGAACGCUUUUUGGCCACCUCUGUCAUUGUGGUGAUCCUCACGUUUGAUGUCUCAGGCAGAAUUGUUGCUCCUUUGUCCAGGGAGGCUAAAAAGCAACGGCCCCUGUCCCAAUCCCCGGGAGUUGGCCUGCUACCUGGGUCAGCCGCCAGGACGGCAAAACAGGUUCAGGGAGAUGGUGCACUUGGCUGCCUGAGUCCCAGAGCUGAGGCUCCAGCCAGAGUUCCUCCACCCAAUGCCGAGUUGUUGGCGUUGAAAGACUCACAUGCCUGGAUGGAGGCUCCUGGGGCCCUGGGCCCCAGAGCACGUUGUUGGGAAACAGAACCCAAGCUCGGACGGCCAUGGAGGGCAAAGAACCUGCUCAAGGGCCCCAGCGGCCUGGCCGACGAGAUCAAUUUUGAGGACUUCCUAACCAUCAUGGCCUACGUCCAGCCCAUCCACGUCACCAUGGAUGAGGAGCAGGUGCAGCUGUGCCAGAAAGAGAAGCUGCGAUUGUUCCACAUGUAUGACUCGGACAGCGACGGCCACAUCACCCUGGAGGAAUAUCGAAAUGUGGUGGAGGAGCUGCUCUCGGGGAACCCGCACAUAGAGAAGGACUCGGCCCGCUCCAUCGCCGACGGGGCCAUGAUGGAGGCGGCCAGCGUCUGCAUGGGGCAGAUGGAGCCUGACCAGGUGUACGAGGGCCUCACCUUCGAAGGCUUCCUGAAGAUCUGGCAGGGGAUCGACAUCGAGACCAAGAUGCACGUCUGCUUCCUUAACAUGGAGACCAUGGCCCUCUGCCACUGAGCGCUCCCUGCG